GAGAAGAAUGGUGACACACUGGUUGGAAUGAUUCCAGUAGCCUACCUUACAAAACACUUCAGAUUCAAAGAAUUCCUUUGUAAAAAUGGCUGCAUCAGCUUGAGCUGGAAGCCGGGAACCCAGUCGGGGUCUCCCAAAGGGCGGCAGGAAUCCAGUAACUUGAGCCACACUGCUGCCUCCCAGGGCCCGCAUCAGUAGGACGCUGGACUGAGGAGUCAGAGCCGGUUACUGAACCCAGACAACAAGGGAGGUUCUGGAGUCUUCCAUUUAGAUCAACAACUUCAAGUUCUUACCAUGGCCAACUCAGAGAAGACAGAAGUGGUUCUUCUUGCUUGUGGUUCCUUUAAUCCGAUAACCAACAUGCACCUCAGAUUGUUUGAGCUGGCCAAGGACUACCUGACUGGGACAGGAAAAUAUAAGGUUGUCAAAGGCAUCAUUUCUCCGGUGGGCGAUGCAUAUAAGAAGAAAGGACUCAUCCCUGCCCACCACCGAGUUGUCAUGGCGGAGCUGGCCACCAAGCACUCAGAAUGGGUGGAAGUCGAUACCUGGGAGAGCCUUCAGAAGGAGUGGGUGGAGACCGUGAAGGUGCUCAGACACCAUCGAGAGAAGCUGGCGGCCAGCCACUGCGAUCAGCAGCAGAGCUCCCCUGUGCUGGAGAGGCCUGGGCGGAAGAGGAAGUGGGCAGACCAGAGACCAGAUUCCGGUCAGAAGAAACCCCUGGAGCCGAAAACAAAAGGUGUGCCAAAGGUGAAGCUGCUGUGCGGGGCAGACUUGCUGGAGUCCUUCGGUGUCCCCAAUCUGUGGAAGAGUGAGGACAUCGCCCACAUUGUGUCCGACUACGGGCUCGUCUGCGUUGCCCGGGCGGGGAAUGACGCCCAGAGGUUCAUCUACGAGUCCGACGUGCUGUGGAAGCACCGGAGCAACAUUGACCUGGUGAACGAGUGGAUCCCCAAUGACAUCUCGUCCACGAAGAUCCGGAGGGCGCUCAGGAGGGGCCAGAGCAUUCGCUACUUGGUGCCGGACCUCGUCCGGGAAUAUAUCGAAAGGCACGAUCUGUACAGCUCGGAGAGCGAAGACAGGAACGUCGGGGUCGUCCUGGCGCCUCUGCAGAGAAACACUGCAGGGGCGCCAUCGUAGGGCGUCUGCACGGGAGCUCCCUUCCUUCAGGGAGCGGGGCGAUCUGCGUGUUAGUGACUGGGGAACGGAGCUGUGGUCCCGCUUCAUAAAGUAGAAAUGUAGUGAAAAUCAGGAGUGAAUUAAAGUCCUGUUUUCCUCUUUUA